GAAGGAAACAGACACGUGCACACACCUGUUCGCAGGACAAAUAUAACAACUCUGUUGCAAAGGAGGCUCGAACCCACAAGCAAUAAAAGAGCAAAUACCUAAAUUAAGCUGCAGUUGAGUCAGAAAGAUGAAAUAUGAGAUAUGGAUUUGAACAAAGAGGAAAGCAACCUCUUAGUUUUUGGCAACUCCAGCCACUCAAACGCCCACUGACUGCGUUCAUCUUUCUCCUCUCUCCCCCUAGCAGGCCCUUGUCGUUUCUUUUUUUCUUCUGGACAAUGAUAUGGGGGACCCAGAUGUUAAAUUCCACUAACCAAUGGUAAAGAGAGAGGGGCUGGAUUGGUGUGCACUCCUGAUGCCCCUUCUUUUAAAAAGCUCCUGUCUCCAACCCACAUGAGGAGGAGACACGGCGAGACUCUGCAGGACCGGCAGCAUCACCCACACCUGAGGAUCUGAAGCCCACUUACCCUGACCAAGUGCUGCAGAACCAGUUGUUCGCUUCGUCUUCAUCUUGUAUCCAUGCCGACUCCGUGAUCACACCAUCAGCACAAUGUUGGAAUUAACUAAGCUGCCACUACUGCUCUCUUUUCUGGCCUCAGUGGCUCUAGGUCAAGGCUUAAGGACCAGGAACCCAUCAGACAGGAGCAAAAGAGUGGUUUUCAAUACAUUCACGGACUCACAAACAACAGGUGUGACUGAGUGGACAUCUUGGUUUAACAUCGACCAUCCUGGUGGGAAUGGAGACUACGAGCGCCUGGAAGCAAUUCGUUUCUACUACAGAGAGAGGGUUUGUGCUCGGCCCACGGCCAUGGAGGCCCGCACCACAGACUGGGUGGCAGCUGCAGACACUGGUGAAGUGGUCCACUCCAGUUUGGAGAAGGGCUUCUGGUGCAUCAACAAAGAACAGCCGUACGGUCGAGUCUGUUCCAACUAUCAUGUUCGCUUUCAGUGUCCUCCAGUGCAGAGCUACUGGACCGACUGGAGUGAGUGGGGUCCCUGCUCCACCACGGUUUGCAAUGACGUGGGAAUCCAAGUUCGGCAGAGGAAAUGUGUGAGCGCUCAGCCUAUGCCACUUUUGUUCGUACCAGCAUGUAUAGGACACCAUGCGGAGAGGAGGGAGUGCUCCACUCCACCAUGCGCAGCCAAGUGGAGUCCUUGGAGUCCCUGGGGGAGUUGUUCAGUAACUUGUGGUGGAGGUCGCAGGACAAGGAGAAGAACUUGUGUGAGAACCUCAGAGAUGGUGCAGUGUCCAGGACGACCUGCUGAGGUCCAGAAAUGUGGAAGAAGUCGAUGUCCUACCACAUGCAAGCUGAAGUGCUCCGAAGGCCAACCCAGUGAGGACUGCAGCAUUUGUGUGUGUCAAGGCCACAUGCUGUUCGGAGACAUCCAAACUGUGACCGGAGUCCCUGUGGCAGGGGCCAGCGUGGCUCUGACCAGCCACCCUAAAGUGAUCCGGACUCUUACAGACGUGAAAGGGCAGUUCACACUAUCAGGAGUCUGCUCCUCCGGCUCCACCUCCAUUGCCAUCAACAAAGAGAAGUUUGUGCCAGUGGUCGUCUCCACUUCCAGUAACGCUACAGGGAUUUCCUGGCUACGGGCUGUCCUCACGUCAGCUGAAAAGCCAUACGUUGUGAAGCACCCAGAAGACAAAGUGCGUUACGAGGGAGGAAGGGCGCUGUUGUGCUGCUCGGCUACAGGAUCACCAGCUCCAGACAAAUACUACUGGUACCACAAUGGGACGUUGCUGGAUAAGAACAUGUAUAAGUAUGGAAACGACCUUGUGCUACGAGACCUAAAGCUAGAGCAGUCCGGGGACUACUACUGCAAAACCAGCAACGCUGCAGGCAGCAUCAAGUCGUCUCCAGCUCACCUUACUGUGAUUGCUAACGGAUCACCAGCAUGCAAUGCCACUCCUGAAAUGCACCUCAUCAGAUUACCAAUGGACUGCGUUCAACCUGGCACUCACUCCAAGUACUACAAUGCUGGUCGAUGCUCUCACAACAAAUGCCCGGGAUCCCUCGACUUCGACAUGCGGUGCAGAGACGGAGCUGGAUUCUGCUGUGGUGUCCAGGAAAUGGAGAGUCGAAACAUUGACUGUGGUACCUACAAACUCCCCAUACGAGCGGUGAAACAGUGCAGCUGUCAGAGGUGUGUGCAACCUACCGUGCUGGUUCGUGGCCGAGUUGUGGCAGCUGACAAUGAUGAGCCUCUGCGAUUUGGGCAUAUUUAUAUUGGUAAAGAUAGAGUAGGCACCACAGGAUACCAGGGAGGGUUUACAUUACAAAUUACUCCAGAUACACAAAGAUUGGUGGUAAAUUUUGUUGAUCCUACUCAAACGUACAUUGACACUCCAAAGGUGUUCAUUUUUGACAAGAAAAGUGGCUCCAUCUAUCAUAAUGUGAAAGUGAUGAGAAAGCAAACACCAGUUGAUAUAAAUCCAGGAGAGACCAAUUUUAUAGACCUUGGGGAAAUUAAAGGGGAAGAUCCAAUAGGGCAACUGGUCAUUCCACCCCACUCCUUCCUUAAAGACAACGGAGAAAUCUAUGAGGGGACAGUGAAAGCCAGCGUCACAUUUAUUGAUCCAAGAAACAUAACGACAGCAGCAGCAGCCCCUGGUGACCUCAACUUUGUGGAUGAAGAGGGUGACAUGCUGCCAUUAAGGACCUACGGCAUGUUUUCAGUUGACUUUAGAGAUGAGACCAGCAAGGAGGUUCUUGGGACAGGGGCAGUCCAAGUUCUCCUUGACACGCAGCAUGUUAAAAUGCAAGAGCACAUUCCCACAAUGAAGCUGUGGUCUUUAAACCCAGAUACUGGUGUCUGGGAGGAGGAGAGUGAUUUCUCCUACAGCACAACUACUGGUGGUCAUGGACGAAGCAAGCGUGAGGAGCGCACCUUUCUAAUAGGCAACAUGGAGAUUAGAGAACGUAGGCUCUUCAAUUUAGAUGUGCCUGAAAACAGGCGCUGUUAUGUUAAAGUGCGUGCCUACAUGAGUGAAAAGUUCCUUCCUUCAGAACAAUUGGAGGGAGUUGUUAUCAGUUUGAUAAACUUGGAGCCCAAACCUGGUUAUUCAUCUAAUCCUAGGGCAUGGGGUCGGUUUGACAGUGUCUUAACCGGACCCAACGGGGCUUGUUUGCCUGCUUUUUGUGAUGCCAUGAGACCGGACGCUUACACUGCUUAUGUCACAGCCAUACUAGGUGGAGAGGAGCUGGAAGCAGCUCCGUCUUCCCCUAAGAUGAAUCCAAACAUCAUUGGAGUUUCCCAACCUUAUCUAGAUAAGUUAGACUACCAGCGUUCUGAUCAUGAGGAUCCAGCUCUGAAGAAAACUGCAUUCAGAAUUAAUUUGGCAAAGCCUAACCAGAACAAUUUUGAUGAGACAAAUGGACCAAUAUAUCCUUAUCAGAAUUUAUUAGCAUGUGAAAAUGCUCCUGUGGACGCAAACCAUUUCAGAUUUUUCAGAGUGGAAAAGGACAAGUAUGAAUACAAUGUUGUUCCUUUUGAGGAGAAUGACUUGACGACCUGGACGGGAGACUACCUCUCUUGGUGGCCUAACCCCCAGGAGUUUAGAGCAUGCUUCAUCAAAGUCAAGAUUCACGGCCAGAAGGAAGUGAUGGUCCGGUCAAGGAAUCUGGGAGGAACACAUCAAGAGACGAGGGGCAAACUUUAUGGUAUUAGAGACAUUCGCAGUACUCGUGACAUGCGAGAGGCAAACACCUCAGCUGCAUGUGUUGAGUUCAAAUGUAGUGGCAUGUUGUUUGAUCAAGCGGAGGUGGACAGAUCACUCAUAUCGUUGAUUCCACAAGGUAGUUGUCGAAGGAUUAGUACCAAUGGCCUUCUACAGGAAUAUCUCAUUAAACAUCCACCAGUUGCUCAAAACAACGAAUCGCAUGCAUUCACCAUGUUAGCCCCCGUUGAUCCAUUAGGACACAACUAUGGCAUCUACACAGUCACAGACCAGAAUCCCAGAGUUGCCAAAGAGAUCGCCAUUGGCCGUUGCUUUGAUGGCACCUCCGAUGGUUUCUCAAGAGAGAUGAAGUCAGACUUUGGUGUGGCACUGACCUUUAGCUGUCCAGAGAAAAAAAUUAACAGAGAAAGCCUCUUCCAGCGUCUGCAGACCAAUCCGGGUCAAACAUUGUCUCAGAUGGCAAGGGACAUGAGGGAAAUGGAGGGUCUGCAGGUGCAGAGAUCAUCAACCCAGGUCGUGGCUUUUCCUUCAGAGCAGCGGGGAAGGACCCAAAGUCGGCGAGCUAGUUCUGCAACCAGAAGGAGAGCAUCCAUGCGAGCACAACAGCGCCAAUAGAUGUGUCAUGAAGUAGGUUAUCUACAGUAUGUUUACCAUGAUGGUAAUGUUGAAAUGGUCAAUGCCUUCUUUUUUUAAUUCCUUGCACACUAGUGAAGACUAAUUUGAAGGCCCUACGUCUAGACAGUAACGGUUGCCUGUCUAAUCAAAAGUAUGACUUCCUGACAGAAAAACAACAAAAACAAAUUAAAAGACUGAGACAUAUGGGCAAAAUCUAGUGUAGAUCAUUUGUCUUAUAGUAACUUGAAUGCUUUGGUUUUGUUAAAUUUGUUUCAUUUCUCUUAUAAAAGGUAAUUAUCACUUGACUCUUCAUGACUUAGUGCCUUGUAUUUAUUUUUUUUUGCCUAUGUUCUAAUUUUAUGAAUGAAUAUGCAAUAUUAACAGUGGACCUAAGAGCUUUUUAUGGGGUGCAUAUGUGGGAUUUUAUUUCACAGACAUCUUUCAAUGCUUAAUCUAAAACCAAACUUUCAAACAUAAAUACUUCAGUAAACCAAAGUACUUCCUAACUGUAAGCUGCCAAUGCACUCAUACUUUCAAGAUCCAACAUAAGGUCUUUGCUGACAGAUACUGGGCCUGUUUUCCACAAAUUUGUAAACUCUUUCCACCAACAGAAGGUCAGUUCAAAUCAGUGUGGUAUGGCAUGCCAAGAUGAGUAAGAAGGAUCAUUUUAGACAUACUCAAUAAUGUUUCACCAAAAGUAAUUCAGCCAAAUGUUUGUCCCCACCUACUUCAAAUGUGCCAGACCACAGUUGUCACUUAGACAAACAUGCAUGUCAUUAGAGGCAAUUCAUGAAAGGAACAUAAAUUAUUGCUAAAGUAUGAAAUAAUUUCCUAUGCACAUUCCAGAUAAACAUACAAACAAACUAAAUAUAAUCUAAACAAUGAAUUUGUAUUUCUUUCCUCUUGCAGUAAAAGACUUAAACAAGUUUUGCAUGGUCUUUGAUUUGUUGCUGGGGUUUUUGAGCUAUCCUAAUGUUUGAAGUGUGAUAGUGAUAAUGAAACAUCAAAACUGGAAAAAUUCACCAUGUUUUAAAUUACAGCACACUGUGUUGAGUUAGUAGGUAAAUGAAACCACUCCAAGAGUAUGAUUAAAAGUUAAUGAAUCCUUAAGAAAACUCAUAUGAAAUAACGACAUAAAGAAGGAUAGAAUAAUUAAAUAAGACACAAUAUUUUGUUUAUUCAGUUUUUUUUUCAGCUUUGAAUCUGAGUAUUUUUCUUACAGCUUUCUUCUAUCAACAGUUUGAGAACAGUAAAAACUCAAUAUUAAAGGUUUUUCAUUGUAAUUAAUUGUCUGUUUUCUUAAAAGGAAUAACUAAAUUACAUUGAAAAAUGUUGUGAACCAACUGAUCGGCAAGCCAAAUCAAAUUAAAAUGUGCUAACGGUAGUAUAGCUUUAAAAGACUCUUAGUACUAGGAGCAACAUGUGACUUUUCUGGAGAUCAGUGCUGUCAAAAAUUUAAAUAUGGUUCUGCAAAUAAAGGUUUUUCCAGAGGUUAAUAGAAAGGGUUCAAAUAAACGUUAACAUACUAUUCUUUAAUAGAUAGAUGCCCAACUUUUUUCUAAACUGAUCCUCCUUUUAGUUGUGUUUUAUCCUUUCAGAUAUGGCUAUUCCACUUGCCGGCAGAAAUAAAUUAUUGAACCUGCCAGGGAUAUGGAUACUUUUGGGCUUAACUUUUCAUUGUAUGAAUGUUAUUAUAUUUCAAGAUGUAAUGAGACUGGAACUUGGUAUCAACACAUGCAUUUUCCUAUGUGACUGUGAUCAGUAUCAGGGACAAAAAAAUUGAAUAUUCAUAUAAACAAGUGACAAAAUAGUUUUAUAGUUACAGAGCAAUUGUUUGUGGUUCACAGAAAAUAGCUCUGAACUGCAGCUCAGUCCUGGAGGCCAGGGAUUUCUUCAAUUGAGCUUCUUGAAGGAUACAUUAGCUUUAAAAUAACUAGCUUAAUAGCAAGUAGUGUGUCUGUACAGCUUGGCAAAACUUGCAUUAUAUGUUUUUCACAUAAAUUAUGAUGUUUUAAUUUUAGUCUUUUUGAAUUUGCCAAUAUGUUCAUACUCAGCUUAUGUUGUUUUGUCCACUUGAAUCUCUUGCUUUUUUUGCAUCAGAGUUUCAUUUCAUUGGUAAGGCUCACGAUUCUCAGUAGACCAUUUCUUUGUUUAAGUAGCACAUUGCAUUGCUGAAACAAAACAAAACAAAAAAUUCACAUUGGUCAUGGUGUAAGUGAAUACCGUGAAAAACAAACACUUUUGGAGGCUUUGGGCAUGGAAGCUUUUUGACAAAUAUCUUUUUAACUUGAAGUCAUUAUUAGUCUUAAAACUACGUGGAAAUACAAGCCCAGAACUUGUUUAUCAUUAGUCUAGCCUUUUGUAAGCCCAUGGGAUAAUCUAUUCAAGCUGAACUAAUUUGCAUCCAAAUAGAAAUGGGAGCACCAUUGCCCUUGGGGAAACAGGAAGAAGUCGACAAGUAAAUACAGGCUUAAUGUUAAUUAGAAACUAGGACUGGCCUGAAGGUCUAGUGACACGGUUGUAGUUUUGCAAACAUCAAAACAGGGCAAUUUUCUGCAAACUAACUCAAACUCUACUUUAUUAUCAACAAAACGCUGGGCCCGAGUAUUAUUAUAAAUGAGUACACCAUGCAAGUGCUAACCAGCACACUAAGCAUUUGUUUGUUGUCAGUUUUGGUAUCACAUUUAAACAUGCUCUGCAACAGAGUGAUAUAAAAUGUUUUGAAAAUGGGCUAUAAAGAGUCUAUCUAAAUUACAACCAUAUAAACCUACAGAUACAUUUGGCAGCACUUUACAGAUAGCCCUCGUUUCCAGAACUGCACUCACAGUGACAGUCUGGGGCAUCUUCGCCAUUAUCACCACUCUCACUAACCACAAACCUGUUUGCAGAAACAUGUUAAGACUUCCAGAUGAAGACAAAAAUCUCCCAGCUCCAGAUGCUCGGUUCGCCCAGUAACAAAGAUGAUAAUUGAAUCCAUGUGUCAAAAGAGAUAAGUCUUCUAAUGCAGUGGUGUGUCAGGUCAGUUGAGGCCACUCAACAGAUGUACUGCAAAUAAAGGAAAUGUCAAACUUUAGACUUCAAAAAAAAAAAUAGAAGUGAGAUUAUCUCCUGAUGGAUUCAAUCAUUUCGUUCUUUUAUUGAAAAGGGGAAUGUGGUCUUUGGUCUCACUGUCUGUCACUUAAAGGAUCCUGAUUUUGAAAAAGUGGUUGCAGCUGAAGAAUGCAGCUGCUUUUUUUUUCUGAAAAAGCUUUGAAAAGAGAAUUUGCUUUGUCAAAAGAUAUUAUCCUGGAAAAAGCCAACUGUCUUCUCCAGGUCCCUAUUUAAACAAGUUUAAGGGACCUUUUCAAUGUUUGUCUUUAAUGGCGUGAAAAUGUUUCAAAUGAAUAAAGUGAGCCUGUUCACACUAACUUGGAUAUUUUGCAAAACGAACUCACACGUGUGUUGCGCUUACAUAUCUCAUCCACAGCUGCAGAAUUUUGUCUAAAAAUAUACAUAUAUUUUUUUAGCAAUACACUAGUUUUUGGGAUGGACUUGACACCCAACUUUUUGCCAUUCUACUACAAAAAAAUAAAUGUUUUUAAACUUUUAAAAGAAAUAUAUUAUUUUGAUCGAGUCAGACUGUGCCGCAGCAGUCGACUUUUUUACAUUCGUAUUCUACAAUUACUGGUCAACCAAAAAUAUUUCAUAAGUUGCUAUUCAACUCAUAUUUUGAGCAUCUGAAAGAAACCAACUCAAGGUCCUUUCUGACAGACAUUGAGCCUGCUUCCCACAAAUUGGGAAACUCUUUCCACUGAAGAUAAGCUAAAGAAAACUAUGGUAUUUCAUGCCAACAUGGGAUAAUUUUAGACACACCUUAUAAUGGUUUUUCCAACAGUGAUUUAACUGUCCAUCUCCACUUACUUAAAAUUUUCAAGACCACAGUAGUAACUUAGACAAGCAUGGAUCUCAUUUGUAGCAUAAAGCAUUUGAAGCAAUCAGUCUGGUGGACAAUGUAGGGAGGGAGCCAAAGAUUAAGAUGAAAGUAAUCAAAGAUGUCAACAAACAAUAGGAACAAUUAUUUUCCUGUUGUUUAUUGAGAAGGGUAUAUAUAUUUUUAAGUUUUAUUUUUAAAUGGAAUGCAUAUAAAAAUGGACAUGUUUUUGUUCAUGUUGCUGUCACAUUGUCUUUCUACCUUGAGAGAUGCAUAUCUCACUUUCAAAUCAAAGAUGUGAUGAUUUGGGAAUAACUUAAAAACACAUUUUAAAGAUUCUAAUUAUGAAAAAUUGGUUCAUAAGAGAAAGAGAGAUCAAUUUCCAAACUUCUAACAUAACAUUAAUUUACAACAUAAGAGAAAAUUCAAGUGUUUACUCUGCCACUAGUGUAUGAAAAAGCUAUCAAAGUGAAAUGGGUGCAUUGUGUUGGUGGAGAUAUGAGGCGUCAUGUAUAUCUCAGUUAAUACCUGAAGAUUUGCGUUAGCUAUGGCAUUUAGACAUGUUUGGAAUAUCAUUCAAUGCUUUUAGCAUUUCCAGGUGCUAAUGUUGUGUUUCCUCUGCUAAGCCAAACUGCCAUGUUUAGGCAACAUAUAACUUUUUUUUUUGUCUUUUUCUGUGAAAGUAAACUUCUUACUUUAGUUUAUAUAGCAAAAUAUCUUGAUUUAGUUUACCCUGCAAAGCCACUUGACCAGUGGGACAUAUUGUACUGUAUUUGCUUCAUUAAGUUCACAACUUAUGCAGAACAGAAACUGGGCUGCACUUGACAAGGAACUAAGUAUGCUUCUAGGAACACGCAAAUAAUCUAUUUUUAAAGAAAAUGCUUUCCUUAUUUGGGUCUGGUUUCAUGAGACCCUCUGGUUCAACCCAGACAUAACAAAAUAGGGUUUCCAAUUAAAAAAAAAAAAACACAGUCUCAUGAGAAUUAUCAGUGAAAAGGAAAACGACCAUGUUUCUUCUCUGUUGGUUAUGUAUUCCUUUAAGUUUUAAAGCAGAAAUCCUAAAAGUUUGAAUCAAGAAUUUCUCAGCAAGUAUGAGCAGAUUCAACUAAUUUCCUCCUUGCAUAGCACAGGUGGUCUCAGUGAGAUCAUAAUUUAUUUAGAAGAUAAAUCAGGAGCCCUUUCUUCAGUAAAUGAGGCUAAAUGUUUGUUGGUCACAGGGCCCUGGGCUUGGCAUAGAAGAAAACAUAAAUAAACCACUGAAAUCUUGACAGCACUCUGUAUUGUAUAAUUGAUGCAUGAUAAUGCUGACUGCUUUGUUUAUUUCUGACCUACAUUUUAGUGUGUAAAUUGUGUCUUGUAUUGAAUCUAUAAUUAAAGUAUGAAACUGUAAAUAAAGGUGUAAAAUGAC